CCCCUCUUAACGAAACAGCUUUUAGUUUCACUAAAACUGAGACAACACCUAGUCACGUUUUGGAGCUGAAAGUCGACUUCUAUUUGUGCUGAUUCACCUUUAGUACAGCUCAUAAUUUGGUGUGAAGGGUAGAUGGUAGUGCAAUGACUCCCGAAAACUAUGCGUGCCUCUUUAUUGGUAAGUUCUACUUUGUUCGACCUCGCUUUGACCGUCGUUUAAACUCUGGCCCGGGAUCCGAUUAUUCAGCGAAACUAGUAUGUGAUUCCUAAACUAGUGACCUUCAAAGACUUCUUUAAUUCCGUAGAGUCAUCGAAUCCCGACUCAGAUGACUGUUAAAAACUCUUUAAGGUCAUCCAUGAAACAAACAGUCGAGUUGUUUUAAAUCUGAAAACCCUUAUAAUAAUUUACCUUGCAAAGUUGCAAUUAGGGAUAGGCUUGAUAAUUUUCGACUUAUAGAGUAAUUACUGUGGUAAGGUUAAGCUUAUUUGUAUGAAAGCUUGGCUCAUUUUUUGUUUUAACCUUAGAAGAGUAAAUGUCCUAGCAGAUACACCGAACAAUACUCGCGCACGACGACGUAAAUUUUGAAAUCUUACUCACCACGAUUUACAAUCUUUCCCAUGCAAUAUUUCCGCUUAUGUCAAAAUUAUCAAAUUUGACAUAACAAGCAAUAUUUCUGAAAAUUUUUCGCUUGUUGCGUUUUCCUGAAAAUGAAAAUCACAAACUUAACGACACAAGGAAUUAAUACUAGCACCUUGGGUAAGUACCCUAAGAUUUUUUGGUCCCUCAAAAUUUAUUAAUGUCAAGCCUUUAUCAUAUGAUACCAAAGACUAACUAACGGCUGGCGUGUGUCUGACUAAAUAAAACAUCAAGGUCUUGUUUUAGUUAGAUACUCUAUUUGCUCAGUCAAGCAUCAACCGUCAGUAAGUCCCACAUCAUUAAAAAGCGAAAAUUCUUGUAAGUACACUUACUACCAUUCCUGAAUAAAUGCAGCCUCAAACGAGUACUCUUGAUUUGGUAAUCUUUGAAAAAUUUUAAAGAAGUUGUUGUUCACUCGACUGAGUUGUGACAGUUUCUCCAAAGUCCAUUAAAAAGAGACCUGCAUCUGAGAGUAACAAGAUUGUUCAGUACUUACCACAAGUAAAUGCUGCAUAUAAAUUUUAACAAUAAAUUUUGUCAGGUGUCAUUUCAGCAAGCAUACUGUAUUUGUGCAUUCAAGAGCUUCUUUUAGAAGCAUGUGGGAUCAAUUGUGAAGGCCAGUCCUGACUAAUUGCCUCAUCUAUGAUUCCCUAAAUAUUGCAAUAAGGAGAUUUAAGUUCCAUAGAAGGGACUUUUGUGGAUUUUGUUUCUUGGGAUUUUCACUGUUUGUCUAGUUGUACUCCACAUACCUAUUAUCCUUUCCAGCAGUUCAGCUGUUUCACCACUCCAGCCUUUCCUGAAUAUUUGUGUACUCUACUCAAUAUCACUCGUAUACAAAGCUUUACUUGUUGCCCUAAAACUGAGACUGGUAGUGUAACUGAAAAAAUAACAUGGUAUGUUCUUGUCCUAAAUAGCCCUGAAGUCUUAAGCUUGGAUAAAGAGGUUUUAAACAACAAAAUAGAUUUGUGGCUGGUAUGGCAAUGUUGAAUAAUAAUUCUUGAGAUGUUUGUGCCAGAAAAUGUUUAAUGUUUUGUUGUAGUUCCAGCCUACAGGUAAUGCAGAACAGUUAACCCUAUAACUUCCAUGAGUGAUCAAGACAGAAUUUCUCCUUACUAUAUCACUACAAUAUCAAGUAGACAAGAGAUAAGAAUAAAGGAAACUAUAAAUUAGGGGAUUUUUAGUUGAUCCAAUACCAAAUUAUAAAAACUAAUAAUAUGAGAAUUGCAUGGCAGUGAGUAAGGGGAAUUACUGAUGAGAUCUUGGGAAUGAAAGGGUUUGUCCCGCAUGCAGCAAUACAUGACUGAGGUAUAAUAGGAAAGACAAAAGUAUCUUGAAUAUCAUUGUCUUUUUCUAUUUUUUUCUUCAGAUGCAACAUGGAAAGACAUCAUAGCUGCUUUCCGUUGUUCAGCUGUCAACAACAGCUCUCAAGAGAGAAAGCUUAUUCAAGGCAAACUUGAAAAACUGUUUGGUGGCUCAGAACAAUGGCUUGCAUGCCUUUCAAUUCGAACUGCUUUUGAUGCAUUCUUAACUGUUAUGAAUUUUCCUCAUGGAUCAGAAGUAAUUUUCACUGCCAUAAAUAUUCCAGAUAUGGUAUCAGUAGUUGAAAGGCAUGGCCUUAAGGUUGUACCAGUGGAUUUAGAUCUUGAUUCACUAGCCCCCAAACCUGAACUUGUUGAACUUGCUGUAACAGAUAAAACAGUGGCAAUUUUGGCAGCUCACUUGUAUGGGAAGUGGAUCAAUUUAGACAAAGUGUUCCAAGUGGCACAUUCACAUGGACUAUAUGUAUUGGAAGAUUGUGCUGAAUCAUUUCAAGGCCUGGGAAGAAAAGGUCACAAACUGUCUGAUCUGACAUUUUUCAGUUUUGGUUCAAUCAAACAUUACACCUCUUUUGGCGGGGCCAUGGUCAGGGUGAAAAACUCACAGAUUCUUUCAAAAAUGAGAGCAAAGAUACAUGAAUACCCAGUCCAAAACCAGUGGACCUACUUUAAGAAACUUUCUUGUUACUCUCUGUUAAUGGCAGUUGCAUUAAACAAUUCACUGUCCAAUUGGUUCAUCGUCAAUUUGUUUCAUCUAAUGGGUUUCAAGUACAAGGAAUAUUUCAUUUCCCUGCUGCGAGCAUUUCCUGGUGGUAUAAGUGUGGACAAACUUCGUCUUCAACCAUCUGCUAUGCUUUUGGAAUUCAUGUUAUACCGGCUGAGUAGAGUGAAAAGUAAAGACUUUCGUAUGAUCAAGUUAAAAGGAGAUUUUGUGAGCAGUAAUCUGCCAAGUAAUGUGUUUGUACCUGGUCAAAGAGCAGACAUAAAAAGUUAUUGGUUGUUUCCCAUGAUAGUGGUGAGUAUGCAAUGUUAUGACGUGUCAGACCCCUUCCCUCUUCCUUUCUCACUUGGAUUUAACCCUUUUCACCCUAAGAUCAGUAUGCACAUUCUCCAUACUGUUCUCUACAUACAUUUUGUAGGGUGUUGACAAGGAAAAUGUGUCUCACAAUCAGAGCUUCUUUUGUUGGUGAUCAUUUACUUAUUCUCCUGACCUAAAUGUAUGAUUCAGGGGUAAUUGUGUAAGGAGGAUUUAUAUGCUUGUCACUCUGGAAAUUUUAGUAAAGCAGAAGCAGCAUUUUCUGAUAUUACAGAAGGAAAACUAAGUUGACCAUCAGCUUUAAACAGGAGAAUUUGCUUCUAAUUGAAAAAAAAAGGUUUACAAAAAGGUUGUCAAUUCUGAUGAUUCAACUGAACCUUUUCUCCUCUGGGAUCUGAAUUUCAAUUCUCGACACUGUCUAUCACACAGUUUUUAUUACUUUUGCACUGGAAAUUUGUUAUUUUAGCAAACAAUAUCAUACAGUUGAUAUUUUUCUUUACAUCUCACUGCUGCAAAUUGUAUUGAUAUAGAAAUAAAAAAUUAUUCUCUUCAUUCCUGAGAGUGAAGGGGUUAAGUGGCUAAUAAAUAGGAAAAGUACAGCCUGCCUGCCUGCCUGCAGAAUGUAAACUUAGCCUGUCAUUGUUUUUUCUCUUUACAUCCUUACAUCAAUAUCCAUAUUUUCCAUACUCUUCUCUAGAUAUUUUCUUUGUUACUGACAAGGAGAAUUUGUCAUCAACUCAAAGUUUCUUAGAUUGGUGGCCAUGUUUUCAUUCUAACUCCAAGGAGACAUUACUAGUGUAUGCUGGUCACAGUUAGGGUUUGAAGGGUUAAAAGUUAUUCAGAGAAACUAAAUUCAAAAACAUAAUGCAAAAUGUAAAGCAGUCCUUAUCUGAUUUUUUUUUUAAGGAUGACCCAGAUGAAGUUGUUACUGCACUUGAGAAGGAAGGUGUUGAGGCAUACAGAGGCGCAACGCAACUUUCCACUGUUUACAGAACAAAGCCUACUGCAGCAGACCAAAAAGACAAGGCUAAGAUCAGGCAGGAAAAUCAAACGGAAAAGCUCCUCUAUUCUUUCUCAACAUCUCAACCAGAAGUAGCUGCUGGUUCUGGUUCAUCUAAAGGAAAUGCUGCCAGCAGAUACACUACAGAAUUCAUUUGCUCUGCACCAGUCAACACUGCAACCACAAAACACACCUUUAGCAAAGAAAAAGAUGAUGUGCUCUUUCCUCACAAUGCCAAAUACCUGAUUGAUCAUGUGGUGUACCUGCCAGUGCACAAGAGAGUUUCAUUUUGGCAUCUUGAGCAUAUAUGUAAUUCUGUGGAGAAAGUUAUGAAAAACCGAGUAGGGGUCAAAAUUGCUAAUACCAGCAAUGUGUUAUUUAAGUCCAAGUUGUAGAUUUCAGAAAAUUUUAUUUUAUUAUUUGAAGAUGUACUAUAUUUCCUUGAAUAAGGGCCCAUGCUCUACUAUUAGCCCUUUGCCCUGAAUAAGUGCCCCCCCCCCUCCUGCUCCCUUGAAAGAGUUGGUAUUUGUUUCAUAAUAGUUAUUGUUUUUAUGCAGAGGAGUAAACUUAAACAUGAAUCAGAGAUUGAGCUUUUUAUCCAUCAUGAGAUAGAUAAUUAGUAUCAACAAAAUCACUAUUAAUGAAUUAUCUGCUAUUUUCCAAGGUUUCUUAAAAAUUAUAUUCUUGGUAAAAAGUAAGAAUUACAAAGGGAAUAAACAAGGAUUAUUAUAAGUUGUUGAGUAAUCUAUGCACCAGAGAGGAGAGACAAAAAUGUCCUUUUUCUUAUUAUUGAAGUACCUCCU